AUGAAUACGAAAGUUUUGUUCUUUGGUUCACUUUUUUUAUUAUGCUCAUUGUCUUCAGUAAAGUCUGAGGCAAUUUCAACCCGCUCAAAGGAUAAAUCAGGUAAUGGUACUACAAACCAUCAAGGAAAUAUUAGUCACACUUUAGAAAAUGAAUCUACUGAUGAGUUAGUAAAAAAAAAUACUUCUCCAUCCGGUAUGAAUGGAAUAAAUAAUGGCAAAGUGGAGUUUAUGGGUCAAAGCAAAACAGAAAUUAAGGGUGAAUCAAAUGAAACUGUUACUGGCACAGUAGGUGGUCAAAAUGCUGGAGAUACAAAAGCCAGUGAUGAAGGUGGAGACACAUUGCAAAGUAGUGAACGUGGUAAUAAUGUUGAACAGACGGAUCAAGGCAAAUCUCAGGAAGAACAAAAUCCUUCACCUUCCCCAGGAAAUGAACCUUCAGGAGAUCAAAGUUCCAAAGGUGACGGUCAACCUAAAGUAGCCACCCAGGAUAAUACUGACCAGACUGAUGAAUCAGAUACAGAUAACAGUGUCCAAUCAACGGAAGAGACAAGUGCAUCAGGUGGAGAACGAUUGGAGGGGGCAUUAGAACAGCAACGAGCAAGUGCAAGGGAAAAUCCUGGAGAAACUGAAACUACAGCACUGUCUUCAGCAGAUCCAGCGAGAAGAGAAGCUGAACCAGAAACGCUGACCAAUGCAGGACAGGUACCAACUAUAGAAGAAUCAGUUGCAGAAAAUCAGAAACAACAAAGUAUUGAAAAUGGACAGACGCCGAAAGUUAAAUAUUUAGACAAGCUAUAUGAUGAUGUUCUUAAAGCGGACGAAAAAAAUCAAAUACACGUUAGUGAGUAUCAUAGCAAAUUUAACAAUUUUAGAAAAAAUUACGAAUUUUCAAUGAAUGAACGGGAAUAUGAUAUUGUAAAAAACCUGUUUGGUGCAUGCUUCAAGAAAGAUAAUAAUUCGAACGUAGCAUGCCUCAUUGAUGUGUUUAAAAAAGUGUUGGAAGAUGAGAAAUUUCAAAAAGAAUUCGAUAAUUUCGUGCAUGGUCUAUACGGAUUUGCUAAGCGCCACAAUUAUUUGCGAGGCGAAAGAAUGAAUCUAACUGAUGAGUAUAAAUCUUUGUUUCUAAAUGCUUUAAGUUACUUAAACACCAUCAUAAUGGAGUAA